CCUGCUAGCGAGUUGGUUGGCUUUGGUACUCGCUACGGACAGUUGUGUGUGUCGUCGUUGCUCUAGUUCUCUCUCCUUGGUUGCAGUAUCCUGAAACUGUAUACCUAUCUAUACCUGUGUGACGGUGUUUGUACGCGUGUCGUCGCCGUGAUACCGGGACGCCGUACCGUUGCAAUAGGUAGUAACCCUGAAUUGUAACUCCUCACUUGGAAAGGCCGGGCCGUGCAUUCUGGGUAUUCCGUUGGCAACGGAAUACUCCCAACAGUGAGAAAGCCAGGAUGAAACGCACAAUCGGGAAAGAUUCCUUGGCGGCUUGGCUCCGAAGACUGCUGCCACUGUUGCUGCUCUUGCUAUCGACGGAUUCCUCCUUCGCCUGGUCUUCCGGUAGUGGCAGUAGCCAUCGACCAGCCCAAGCCGUGGGGGCCUACGGUCAGGCUGGUAGGGCCACCAAAUUGUGGGCCGGUCCAAAGUCGUCCUUUCUUUCCCUAUCGCCAGCGAUACUCGCGUCACGUCCCGUCACCUCGAGGACGACUCGGGCCCCGACGGCCUUGUCGAUGCGCGUACCGGUCUUGGACGACUGGAAGGUCCUCACCAGCGGACGCGUCACGGGGACCGUCAAAUUCCAUCCCAGCAUUCCCGACGGACAAGUCAUUACCACGUCGCCUUUGGAAAAACCGGAAGCCGCCGCGGCUCGCAAAACAAUCGUCACCAGUACCGGUUCCAAGUACCAACUCGGGAGUCCCCAAACCGUGCCGGCCAAGGCGAACGGACGAACCCAGCCGUCCAACGCAUCACCCGCCGUCGUAUCCCUGUCGGAACUCCAACGCCAAGCCAAGCUGGAAUUCGCACUCACGGGCGAAGUCAUUGGAGACGAUGAUCGACAGUACUUAAUCUCCGGUCGACCGCAAAAAAGCACUUCGGGGAAAUCAAGAAUCUACAAGGCCUACAAGGCUAACGAAGAUGGUCUCCCCACCGGCGACUCCCUGCUGAUCAAACUGAGCUCCAAUACGGAAGCAAUCGAACGCGAAGCGUCUAAUUACGCCAAAAUCACCAAGACUGGUCUGAGCCGGGGGAAAUUUGUGGAACUCGUCGACUUUGUCCAACCCGCGUCGGUGAUUACCAAAAAGUUUGGUUCCCAGUCGGCGCUGGUCUUGGAACGAGGGGCCAUUGAUUUGAAGAGAUACAUUUCCGAAAAAGGACAGCUGUCGGGGAAGGAAAUGCGGGAAGCCGCUGUUUCGGCUGCCUCGUGUUUGCAAGCAAUCCACAACUCCGGAUUGGUUUGGACGGACAUGAAAACGGAGAACUUCAUCGUCACCAAAGACGGGCAAGUCAAGGGCAUUGAUUUGGAAUCGGCCAUCCCCGUCCAAGACAAUCCGGUCGAUUACAGUCCAGAAGCAACGCCUCCAGAAUUCGCACGCGCGUUCCUGUCCGGCGACGGGCCCUUCUUUGUACUACAGUACAAUUACGACGUUUGGAGUUUCGGUAUGCUCUUGUACGAACUGUCCACCGGCAAGGGUUACUUUGACGGUAUGACACCGAUGCAGAUAACAAAAAUGCUCCAGGGUGGACCGGAAAUUGACUUGAGCGACGUCGAGGACGACAAUCUGCGCAAUCUAAUCGCCAAGUGUUUGCGAUUGGAUCCUAAACGGCGCCCGAACAUUGUCAAGAUUCUUCUGCAGCCGUACUUUUUAAUUUCCGGAUUCGGACCGCUGAGUUUCUAA